AUGGCUCAAUCAAAAUCAAAAUGCAAAAAACAAAAAUACGCAAGCUUGGAUAGGAUCAGUGAUUUACCGGAUUCUCUGAUCUGCCACAUCCUUUCAUUCCUCCCAACCAAACAUGCGGUCGCCACAACAAUCUUGUCAACUAGGUGGAAGCAGCUCUGGACUAUGGUCCCCAUUCUUGAUUUCGGAGACAAGGAUUUCGUGUUCAGAGUUUUGUCUCUCCGCAAACCUUUUCCUGUGAAGAAAUUCCGACUUGUACUCCACCACUCUUUUGAUCGGAGCCAUGUUCGUACAUGGGUUGACUAUGCAAUAGAACAUGGUGUCCAAGAACUCCACCUCCUGGUUAAAAGGAACAUCACUUGUGAGUUGCCUCAGUCUCAUAGUCUUUUCAAUUUCGACCUCCUGGUUAAAAGGAACAGUAAUUGUGAGUUGCCUCAUAGUCUUUUCAGUUGCGGAUCUCUCGAGGUUUUGGAACUGAGUGGCAAAAUUGUUCUCGACUGUCCUCCUUCUGUUCAUCUACCGAAUCUGAAACACCUUUAUCUUAAAAAAAUUAAGUACGCAAAUGAUGACUCUUUUCAUCGCCUCUUAAUUGGUUCCCCAAACCUCUUGAGAUUACACGUAUUGAAUCGACCUUACAAUAAUGUCAAUUUUAUUUUAAAUAACCCAACAUUGGAGUAUCUUGACAUCGACAAUCAAGUUCAAGAUGCUAGAUUUGGUAAAGUUCAGAUAAAUGCGCCGAGUCUUAAGUUUCUGAUUCUAAACAUUCCAAAUUGCCAUGAUUUGUCGGUGCGAAAAGCAAUCAACGUAGUUGAAGCGAACGUUAAUUUAUUUGAACUCAAUCAACUAAAUGACGACGACUGCAUUGUCAAGCUUCUCAAAGCGCUUCUGAACGUUCGAAAUUUGAUAUUGCGUUAUAACAAGUCUUUGAGUUUUGCUUCUGCAAAUGAUCUUCCCAUUUAUAAUAAUUUGAGCCGGCUGCAGCUUGAAGUAAAAUGCUGCAAUUCUCAUCUAUUGCCAAUUUUGCUUGAAAAUUCUCCCAAUCUUGAGAACCUUAUUCUUAAGGUGGAUACAGAAGGACCACAUGAGUCCUGCUGGACAGAGUCAGUGAAUGUUCCAAAAUGUCUCAAAUCACACCUUCGGACAAUUUCUUUACUACAAUUUAAAGUGUUGGAACAUGAACUGAAACUCAUAACAUAUAUGCUAAAGAAUGCGAAAGUAUUGCAAAGAAUGGAUAUUCUUUCUGGCUCAUCGAGUUAUGAGAAAAAUUUUCGUAUUCUCAACAAAUUGGUAACUAAGUUACCAAGGGCUUCUUCAACUUGUGAACUGAAAUUCUCUACGGUAUUAUAUCUCUCCCAUGAAUUUUAUAUUGAACUUUACUUCAUCAUGAUUACCUAUGUUAAGUUUUAA